AGCUCUAAGUUCAGUUAGUUCUUCUACGACGCUGCCUACAGGCUACAACAAUAUAAUCAUCUGGGCAGUGCGAGCAGUUCGUGCGCUCACCCCUGUUUCUCUGCUCACCCGUAGUUGACAGCCUUCUGAUCCUCGGAAAACCGAGAGCAAAUGGCUUGCAAUGUGGAGCUUCUUUCAAAGAUCGCCGCCGGGGACGGUCACGGCGAGAACUCGUCCUACUUCGACGGGUGGAAGGCCUACGACAUGGACUCUUUCGACCUGCAUCACAACCCCAAGGGCGUCAUCCAGAUGGGCCUCGCCGAGAACCAAAUGUCGCUGGACCUGAUCGAGGAAUGGAGCAUGAACCACCCAGAGGCGUCCAUCUGCACGGUGCAUGGCGCCUCGCACUUCAAGAGGAUAGCCAAUUUCCAGGACUACCAUGGCCUGCCGGAGUUCAGACAGGCGAUGGCAAAGUUUAUGGGGCAGGUGAGGGGAGGGAAGGCCACGUUUGAUCCUGACCGAAUCUUGAUGAGCGGAGGUGCCACCGGCGCGCAGGAUACACUCGCCUUCUGCCUCGCCAACCCCGGGGAGGCUUACCUCGUGCCCACGCCAUACUACCCAGCUUUCGACCGUGACUGUUGCUGGAGAUCAGGAGUCAAACUACUGCCGAUCGAAUGCCACAGCUCCAACGACUUCACGCUAACUAAGGAGGCGCUCGUGGCGGCGUACGACGACGCUCGGAGCAAGGGCAUCCGCGUCAAGGGCAUCCUCAUCACCAACCCCUCCAACCCGCUCGGAACGAUCAUGGACCGCGGCACGCUGGCGAUGCUCGCCACGUUCGCCACGGACCACCGCGUCCACCUUAUCUGUGACGAGAUCUACGCGGGCACCGUGUUCGCGCAGCCAGAGUUCGUAAGCAUCGCCGAGGUCAUCGAGCGCGACGUCCCCGGCUGCAACAAGGACCUGAUCCACAUCGUGUACAGCCUCUCCAAGGACUUCGGCUUCCCCGGAUUCCGCGUCGGCGUCAUCUACUCGUACAACGACGCCGUCGUGGCCUGCGCGCGCAAGAUGUCCAGCUUCGGGCUCGUGUCGUCGCAGACGCAGUACUUCCUAGCUAAGAUGCUCUCGGACGAGGAGUUCAUGGGCCGCUUCCUCAGGGAGAGCGCGCGGCGGCUGGCGGCGCGGCACGAGCGGUUCACCUCGGGCCUCCGCGAGGUCGGCAUCGGGUGCCUGCGCGGCAACGCGGGGCUGUUCUCGUGGAUGGAUCUGCGGGGCAUGCUCCAUGAGAAGACGCCGCAGGCGGAGCUGGAGCUGUGGCGGGUGAUCAUACACAAGGUGAAGCUGAACGUGUCGCCCGGCACGUCGUUCCACUGCAGCGAGCCCGGGUGGUUCCGCGUCUGCCACGCCAACAUGGACGACGAGACCAUGGAGGUCGCGCUCGACCGCAUCCGCCGCUUCGUGCGCCAGCACCAGCACCAGAAGGCCAAGGCAGAGCGCUGGGCCGCCAUGGGGCAGCUCCGCCUCAGCAUGCCGCGCCGGGGAGGCGCCGCCGCUUCGCACCUCGCGCUCUCCAGCCCCAUGGCGUUGCUGUCGCCGCAGUCGCCGAUGGUUCACGCCGCCAGCUAAUCACGGACAAGUUAGUGAAGCUGAUAGGGUGUGCUGUACAUAGUCGCACGUCCUUUUUUCGAUCGCAUGGUCGCACAUAGACGUGUUGCCGCAAGUCCAUGUGAUCGUUUGUGGAAAAGAUUCGACACGCAUGCGCGGCACGUAGCUAGCUUGACACUUUACGGACGCAGACGUUGUAUAGGCAUCAGGUGUAGGUAAGCAGGACAUAUUCGUCCUCGAUUUUUUCGUACAAAUGACAGAAUAAUGAUCGGAUAUGGUAAUUGAGGCCUCUCGAUCAGUUGUCGUAAAACUGUGACAAAGGUUUAGAAUUGAAGCUGUACCACAACACAUGUAUAAUACAUUCAUUUACCAAUUAUAAACUAUCCAUCGAGUUACUCCA